AUGCGCUAUUAUCGACAAAAGAUUCAUACUGCUAAAACACCUUCAAUCCCUUUUUUACCUGUUGUUCUCAAAGAUUAUACCUUUUUUAAUGAAAACUCGACAUUUUUGGUAUCUGAUCCUCAUCUUAUUAAUUUUGCAAAGUUUCGUUCUAUUAGUCAAUUUAUUGAUAAAAUAAGAGCUAUGAUGAAUGUACCUUAUUGGUUUGCUUCUGAACUCACUCAUUUCCCAUUCUUUCCUCAAGUAAAAAAUGAGACAAUGGGUAGGUCAUUAGAUGGUAUUGCAGAAUGGAUAGAAGAGAGAUUAAACACAAUUCAAGAUUGUUAUCUUGAUUGCAAUUUAUUAUAA